GAAGUGUUUACUUUCCCGGUCGCUUUUUGUUUUAGUCCGAGGGCAGUCGAAAGUGCGCAGAAAGCAGGAAAAUGUGUGCCGUGCAGCUGCUCAGGGUGUCGGUACAUGAGCGGAUCACCGCUGCUGCUGAAGACUUUCUGCUGUUUCUGGAAACCAGAAAAGAAAUAGCUGAAAUCCCGGACCUCAGAACGCUGCUCAACCAGCGGCUAACUGCGGCUGCGGAGGAGAUUUUAGGGCUGUUUGAGAAAACCGUAGCGGAAUAUGAGGACAAAGUUCACCAGUCAGAGAAAGAGAUGUGCCGCCAGAGGAACCUGCUCAACAUCGUUCUGAACCCCGAAGUCAAGCUGCACAGGGCAGUCUUACCUCCAGGUGUCCAGCAGCAGUUUGUCAAGAAAGAAGAGAACAUUCUGGACCAGGAGGAGCCAGAGCCUCCUCACAUUAAAGAGGAACAGGAGGAACUCCCAACCAGUCAGGAGGGAGAGCAGCAUCGAGGGCUGCAGGAGACUAAUAUCACUCCUGUCCCUGUGAAGAGUGAAGAUGAUGAAGCAAAAGCUCAGUCCUCACAGCUUCAUCCAAGCCAAACUGAGGAGAACAAACAGGCAGAGCCUCUAGCCAGCAGCUCAGCUGAACAGAUGGAAACAAAACCUGAUGGAGAGGACUGUGUGGGAUCAGAACCAGUCAGAAACUUGGAUCCAACUGGUGGUUUACAACCAGCUAGAGGUGGCCAGCUCCUCUCUUCACACUCUUCUGAACCUGAGACGGAAGACCUUGACGAUGGUUGGGAAGAAACAAGAAAACCUCAGCCAGGUUUAGAGCCACCAAACAAACUCUUUUUCAGUCAGAACAACUCUAAUACUGGGGAGAAUUCAUCUACCUGCUCUGUGACAAACCACACAGGAAAGAAACUUUGGAGUUGUUCAGUUUGUGGUAAAAUCUUUAAACAAAAGGGUGACUUCAGCAGACACAUGAUGAUACACACAGGAGAGAAACCAUUUAGCUGCUCAGUCUGCAACAAAAGGUUUAGCCAGAAUGGAAAAGUACAGAUCCACAUGCGAAGUCAUACAAAUGAAAAACCAUUUAGCUGCAAAGUUUGUGGCCAAAGAUUCAAACACAGAUACACAGUGGUUACACACAUGAGACUUCACACAGGGGAGAAACCAUUUAGUUGCUCAGUGUGUACUAAAUCAUUUGUUUGCAAAGGAAACAUGCAGGCACACAUGGCAACCCACACAGGAGCUAGACCAUUUAGCUGCUCAUUUUGUGGCAAAAGUUUCACUGAAAAAGGAUCCCUGAGCAAACACACAAGAAUCCACACAGGAGAGAGGCCAUAUAGUUGUUCGAUGUGUGGCAAAAGUUUCAGUGAAAAAGGAUCUUUGAAAAAACACAUGAGAACCCAUACAGGAGAGAAACCAUUUAGUUGCUCAAUCUGUGGUAAAGGUUUCACACAGAAAGGUGACUUUAACAGACACACCAGAAUCCACAGAGGUGAGAAACCAUUUAGUUGCUCCGUCUGCAACAAAAAAUUUAGCCUCCGUGGAAAUUUACAGAUCCAUAUGCGACUUCAUACCAAUGAAAAACCAUUUAGCUGCAAAGUUUGUGGUGAAGCAUUCAAGUACAGCCGAACAGUGGUUAAACACAUGAGAAUCCACACAAGAGAGAAACCAUUUCAUUGCUCAGUGUGAUAAGUGUUUUACUGAUGCAAGAAUUUGAAAUAACAAAACCAACAAAAACAUGAAAGUUUACACAGGUGAGGAACUCUUAAGUUGGAGUGUGUUUGGGAGAAGUUUGAGGCUAUUCCCAUUAACAACUGCCCUGAGAAAUCCAAAAACAAGAUGACAGCUGUCCGUCUGUACACAACUGGAAUUAACAUGAGUCUCAAAAUGCAUCUCACCUGCCCACUUUUGUUCGGAUCUCAGCUUGUAUUCGGAUUUCUCCAGAUGGUUGUUAUAACCAGGUGGGAGCAGCCUCUUUCAGCAGGCAUUUGUGUAUUAGGAGACAUGAGUUUGUUGUGAGAGAGAGGCAGCAGGUGAAUCUGCAGAGCUGCUGCUUAAGCUCAACUGUUCAGCAGCAACAGGACAAAAUACUAGAGACACGAUGAGAGUCCAUCAUCUGGUUGCAGUCCUGCUGCUGCUGUUCCUGUUGGGGCGGCAUGGCUCAGGAGGUAGAGCGGUUGUCUGGUAAUUGAACAGUUCCCGGCUCGAUCCCCAGCUCCUCCAGAGUGUGUCAAAGUGUCCUUGAGCAAGAUACUGAACCCCUCAUGGUUCCUGAUGAACAGCUAGGCACCUUGCAUGGAAGCCUCUGCCAUCA